AUGCUCCCUGGCGUCGCAUCGGCUGCUGCCCUUUCCUCACUCAGCUACGUCAUCGCGGACAAGGCAGGAGUGCAGCUACUCGCUCUCCAAGGCAUCACGGGAGCCGCCAGCCCCAUCUCAGGCAUCCCCGUCGCCAUCCUUCUGGGACUGGGGCUCAAGAAUUUCGUCCUCUCCCAGGAGCAGGUGAAGCUCAUUGACCCGGGUCUUAAGCUCUCCACCUCCCUCAUUCUCCGCACCGGCAUCGUGUGCAUCGGCGCGAAGCUCAGCGCUAUGGACAUCCUCACGCUCGGCUCUGCCGGCAUCCCGGCGGUGGUCGCGUCCAUCACGACCGGGCUGCUUUUCAUCCCGUGGCUGGGGAAGAAGAUGGGGCUGCCUCCCCACAUGUCCUCCCUCAUCGCCGCUGGAACCUCCAUCUGUGGCGUCACCGCCAUCUCAGCCUUGGCUCCGGUCAUCAAGGCCAACCAGCAGGACGUCUCCUUCGCCGUCGCUAACGUCGUCAUGUUCGGGACCCUGGGGAUGCUGAUGUGGCCGUACCUCUCCCACUCCAUCUUCCUCAUCCCCGAACAGGUGGGUAUCUUCCUGGGGCUGGCGGUCCACGACACGUCUCAAGUGAUGGGGGCUGCGCUGACGUACAAGCAGCUGUUCAACGACGACCUUGUCUUCAGGAUCGCCGCGGUCACCAAGCUGACGAGAAACAUCUUCCUCGCAGCCGCGAUCCCGUUUCUCGCGCUCCAGCUCAACGCGGGAGGAGCAGACAGAGCCAAGUUCUGGUCCUGGUCGACCAUGAAGAAGUCGAUCCCGGGCUUUGUGCUCGCCUUCCUCUUCGUCGCAUGCCUCAGGUCCAUCGGGGAUCACACGAUAGCUGAGGGAGGACGAGCGUACGGCCUUCUCAACAAGGAGGAGUGGACUCGGUUCCACAGCGCCGUGAGCACGUUUGGAGGGCAUUACUGCCUAGGUGUUGCCAUGGCUGCUGUAGGGCUGGGAACUUCUCUGUCUGUCCUCAAAGGUGUGGGCUAUCGAGCUUUCCUCGUGGGGUUCGCAGGCUCCGCUGCUGUGAGUUUCACAGCGUUCAGCAGCGUCAUGCUCCUUACCAAGUUCGGGCUAAUCAACCCGCACUCACCCAAAGACGAAAGAGACGAGUUGAAGAGAUGAAAGAAUAUGUAUUUAACACAUUGCAAUGUACAUCAACAAGACG